AUGGAAGCGGAGGACGUUCGCCUCCGCCUUCAGCGGCUGUAUAAAUUGACAGCUGAUGAGGCGAAUACACUUAUACAAUCCGCCCUUGAUUCGAGAAAGAAAGAGAGACUCCUUCAAGUUCGAGCGCAGUCGAAGAAGAUUGCAAAUCGAGUCAAUCAUAAAGUGAAGAACAAGGAGAGAUCAGCGCUGAAAGAGUUGAGCAAUACGCUGGAAGAAGAAUGGAAAGCAAAACAGCGCGAGCGACUAGAGCAAGCAGAGGCAGAAUUCGAAGAAGCCCUCCGCCUUCGUGGUGAAGCCCAGCGCAUCGCGGAAGCUCAAAAUAACUCCAAACAACACUCGACUCUCGACCAAGAUCUCCAACGAAAACGAAUGGACGAUGCUGACCGACGAUACCAAAUAGCGGUGACGAAGCUGCGCCAAGAGCGCAAACGCGCUGCGGAAGAAAACCGCGAACGAGAGAAGCACAAAUCCGAAGCGAUUGAAAAAGAACGAAUUCGGGCAGCAGCUGUGGCGGCUUUGGGCACGCCGGAGUCGAUGAAGCCGCGGGCGGAGGAUAAAACGUUGAGGAACAAAGUCAGUCUGCAUAACAACGAUGUACGAGUGAAAGACUCGUUUUAUGAUCAACCAGAGCAUGCUGUUAUCCCCGCCACGAGUGAAGACAACAUCGUCGACGCCUUCCAAGCCGCCGCGGAGCAAGCAAAAAUCGUCGAAGAACGCCUUCGUAAUGAGAACAUCCGCCACACAGAAGCAGCAAUGAAGUCCACUCUCCGAGGCGAAGAUGCGCUGAGAAAAGUCAGAUUGGACAAUUCAAAGGCGACGCUAGAAUCGAACCUGGAAGUUCUUCGUCGAAAAGAAUUUGCGAGACAGAAUGCCGGGUCAAUGGCGGCGACUGAGAAGAGACUGGCGAUGAACCAAGCGACAAAGCAGUUUCAGAUGGAGCAAAUCGUUGCUGACGCGAUUGGCGGUAGAGGGUACUCAGUCACGCCCGACCCAGAGCUGGAUAUUUCCUCGGCAACGGAUUCUAGCGCCGUUGAUCCGCCGCACUCAAUUCCAUACACUCACUAUGAUCUUCCACAGCAGCCAGAAGAAGAGCAAGAUCCCGAAGAUGAUGAUGAGCGAACGUUGACUCCCGAGCCACCAACUGCCACCCUUCCAGAAGCGACACAAGUUCCAUCAAUUCUCAAAACUUCAAAUCAUUUCAAUAUCGCAAAAGAGACCCACUCAGUGCGCUUCAACGACGAGCAAAGACAGCUGCUGGAAAUGUUCGAAUCACAAAAACGCGAAAUGGAAGCACUUCUUGAACAAGCGAAAAUCGAGCAUGAAGAGAACCUCCGUCAGCUAGAACUUGCUCAAGCAUCGACACUUGAAGGCGAAACGAGUGGUCUUUCAGCGAGUCAGUGUUCUUCCACGUCGAAUAAUAGCAGCGCAGUAAUGACGCAGAAAGUGAUCGAAAACUUGGACGCAAUCAAGUCGUAUCAAGAAAGAUUAAUUCAAAAGUACUCUUCUGGCUCAGAAAACAACGCAACAACUUCAUCAUCAAUAUCAGCAUCAACCAGUGCAAUUCCUUCAACAAAUUCCAGCGCAGAGCAGCCUUCAAAUAUCAACUACUCAAUUCAAGCUCACGAAGUCAAUUCCUCAGAUUUAUCAAAUUCGAAGCAAAGCACCUCAGGCCCGAAUUACGUUGGAUUAUCUCCUUACACACCUCCAACAUUCCAUGAAUCAAUGUUUGAUGCGACAAAAGUCUCACAAACGAGCAUAUCAAAAAGGGAGCCAUCGAAAGGAAUGAUUGAUAUUGAAGAAGAACUUCGACAAGAGCAAGAAAUAAUCGCAAAGAAUGAGGCAGAGCUUCAAAAACUCCGAGCAAUCUCAGAAAAUUUGGAAAGGCAAAUGAUGGGGUUGACCUUAUCAAGCACAGGGCCAAUUUAUCAACAGAGCCAGCAAAGUAUUGAAGUCAAAGAUCUCCCAUCGCUCUCAGAAUCAUAUCAUUCCAAUGCAUCUUCAAUCAAAGUCGCUGACGCUCCCGCAGCAAGUCGAGAAGAAACUCUUCAAACUCCAACUCCACCACCAGUGACUGUAGAGCGGCUGAAACUCGAUCAAUCUGGCGUCACGGAUUCUGCUCCCACAGAGUCGACUCCGCGAUCAGAGCAACGGACGAAAAUGACGAGAAAAGUGUCGAAAAAUCUGUCCAACUUGUCUCACUCGAGCGUAAAUGAGACUUCAUACAUUUCCCUGCCAGAUACUCAACCGUACAAGUUUCAGGGCUUUAACUCAUCCAGCUCGAGUAUUUCAACAAUCUCCCGCGACAGCCAAACCCAAUCACACGGCACAGCAACACUGAUCGGCAUUUCAAAGGCAACGGACGAGCAGCCAACAACGACAGAACCAUCUUUUUCAAAUCAAUCGAUUCUUCUUGGAGUUCGAAAGCACAAAUCUGACCCAAUCUCUACUGGAAACGCUCAUGAGGCUCAACACUCGACAUUUUCCGGAAGCUACUCGGAAGGGAGAAUCAACGACAUUAUCAGAGAAACACUGCAGGAAAUUAUGCAACAAGAAGGACAUGAUGUUGCUCUUGGACUUCCUUCUUUAUCUGUAACACCAGUCUCGACCGUCAACGAAACUCCCCUCGUCCCAGCCACCUUUGCCGAGCUAGAAUCCAUCUCUUCCGACAACGAUACAAAGAGCGAGCUGCCAAAGCCCGAUCCUAACGAAGAUCCUGACGAGCUGUCCGAAACUGACACUGAAAUUUUAACAAAACUGCUGAUGGAGCAAUUCAACGGGCUUGAAAAGGAUCUCAACGCAGCGGAAAUUGCUAAUGAGAGCUAUGGAGUGAUAACAGAACCAGUGAAUGUUCUCCCGACAAGCCCGUCUUCAGAAAAUUCCGGGACGAAUUCUCUGGUUCACGGCUUUGCUGGUAUUGACUUCAACGUUACUCCAGGCAGCCCCGUUGUUUUGUCUGAAAUGGAGCUCAAUCAUUUGCCAGAACUGAGCACAACCGUUGAAGAAGACUCAUCUUAUCAACGAACACCUGGUGAUUCUGCCUCGCCAAGUUCUUCCCGAGAAAAUAAUUGA